AUGCCCAAACAAAGGCAAUUGAUUCCCGUGAUUCCAGAUCAAGGCCUGUUACUCAUGAACACGCCCGACGUGGAAAGGAAAUUGGCCCGCAUUGCCGCAAUUUUAAAUGAAACCUUCUCCAUUGACAAUUUGAAUUCCGACAAAUUUAUCCAAAGGCACAUAAGAGAGGACAGAGGUGGUAUAAUCAUCGAUCGAUUGCGGAGAGCGGGCUACUUCGGAGACAUGGAAGUGGAAGACAGCGAAAUUUUCGACGCUGUGUUGGGCAAAUGCAAGGAGUUACAAAUUUGCGCUGUGCCCUUAAAAGGCUACAUAAUUCGCCGAAAAGACGGAUCUACUCAUACGACUCCCACUCACAUCAACGCCCUCUCAUCUUCCUCCCAACCUCCCGAAUCCUCAACGUAG